AUGUCACGUCGAUGGUGCGCAUUUUCGUUUUUGAGGGGAGCCCUUCUGGCCUUUUGUGUUCUGAACGCAGUUUUGGCGUUUUUAUUUGCGUGGAUGAUGGAUUCAACGGAGUUAGUAGUGUUUCGCAUUCCAGCGCUUGAGCAGGGGUGGGACUUGCGUCUAAAGGCAAUGGCGUGUCGGCGUGCAGGACUGUGGUUUGUUCUGUUCCUCGUCCUGGUGUUGUUAGCGCCUUUGUGGGACUCUGUGCGGGGUCCUUGUCACUUGCUGUUUUGCCGACUUCAGUUUCACGCGCACCAAAACUGCCGCAAAGUAGUACCGAGAGAUCAAAGGGGACUUCUUGGGCACAAGGACAGUGAUUCAGAGGACGAAGAGCUAAUGGAACGCUAG